GUCACUGUAUCCAUCCGCGCGAGUGUGUGCUGUGUCCCUCCGCUCGCCCCUCUUUGUACGCAUCGCGCUCGGCAGCUGCUGUGAUCCUGGGAGGGAUCCCGGGGCGUGACCGGGCCUGUGACCGAGAGGGGUGAUCCCGCGUCUAGAGGAGGUGUCUGAGAACCAGCAUAACAGGCAGGGACGCCAGCGAGCGGCGACCAGAGAGCAUCAUGGACACGGACCUGUUCAUGGAGUGUGAGGAGGAGGAGCUGGAGCCGUGGCAGAAGCUGAGCGAUGUCAUAGAGGACUCAGCGGUGGAGGACUACAGCUAUCUGGAUAAAACCGCCACAGUCUCCGUCAGCCUCCAGCCUGUCAGUACGCCUCUGCCCGUGGUCGCCCACCAGACGCUGGGCAGCCAUUACACCACCGCCACCACAAUGACCAACGCCGACAACACAAAGAAAACCGUUGUGACUCUGUUCGCAAAUAACAGCGGACCAACGCCCAUCAUGCAGUCCGGGCAUCAGCCACUCAUCCUGACGCAGAACCCCGGCUCCGGGCUGGGCACCAUGAUGACUCAGCCCAUGCUACGCCCGGUGCAGGUCAUGCAGAAUGCCAACCAUGCCAGCAGUAACUCCAUGGCUGCACAGCCUAUCUUCAUCACCACACAGGGCUUCCCCGUAAGGAACGUCAGACCUGUUCAGAAUGCUGUCAAUACCAUGAAUCAGGUGGGAAUCGUUCUGAAUGUCCAGCAAGGACAGACCGUCAGACCCAUCACUAUUGUACCAGCCCCGGGCACCCAGUUCAUGAAGCCAGCUGUGGGCGUUCCCCAGGUCUUCUCCCAAGUGACACAGGUCAGGCCGGCACCUACUGUCCCCGUGCGUCCAGCCACCAACACUUUCACCACUGUCAUCCCAGCCACUCUGACCAUACGCAGUUCGGUGCCUCAGUCCCAGGCUCAGGUCCACAAGCCCAUCUCCAACGUGUCCACCACCACUGCGCCCAGCCAACCGCCGCUCCGGCAGAUCGCAAUACAGCAGCCGCCGCAGGCUCUGACCAUCUCGCAAAACCAGAACAAUCCCAGUAUGAACACCAAGCUAAUGAGUAUCGCCAAUUUGGUGGCGGUGAAGCGACCUGGAGAGACCAAUGAUGUGGUGAAGUUUGUGAACGCGGUCAGUGGCAGCCAGACCACCACCCAAAACUCCACCCAGCUGAUUCUCUCCAACACCAUCAAUAACAACGGCACCAGCCCCAACCUGGGUGUCCUACAGAGGGGCAUUCAGAUAGAGAAUCUGGGGCUGAAAGCACCGUCCCCCUCUGUGAUCCAGUUGGAGAAUCCCGAGCCGUCCAGGAAGUUCUGUCCUAGAUGUCGCACACCGUUCCGGAUUUUGGAGGCUCUCAGAGGACAUAUGUGUUACUGCUGUCCCGACCUCGUGGACUUCUCCAAGAAGACCAAGCCGCUGGAUUCCGAGGUACCCCUACAGACACCGAAUCCACCCACGCCAGACAAAGCUAUCUCUGCAGCUGCCCCAGCACCUAGUGCCACAGCGCCGCCUGCUGUCAAGAACCAGGAGAGCGCUGCCGAUGAUGGGUCACAGGGCAAACUCAUCAUGCUUGUGGACGACUUCUACUACGGGCGGGACGUUGGACAAACAUACCAGAUGCAGGGGUACCCAAAGGUGGCCACGACGUUCCGCUGUCCGCACUGUUCCAAGAGGCUGAAGAAUAACAUUAGGUUCAUGAACCACAUGAAGCACCACGUGGAGCUGGACCAGCAGAACGGAGAGGUGGACGGGCAUACCACCUGCCAGCAUUGCUACCGCCAGUUCUCCACCCCCUUCCAACUGCAGUGCCACUUAGAAAACGUACACAGCUCCUACGAGUCCACGACAAAGUGCAAGAUCUGCGAAUGGGCCUUUGACAGCGAACCUCUCUUUCUGCAACAUAUGAAGGACACCCACAAACCUGGGGAGAUGCCCUACGUGUGCCAGGUUUGCUCAUACCGCUCCUCGAUCUAUGCUGAGGUGGAGACUCACUUCAGACUGAACCACGAGGACACGCGGCACCUCCUGUGCGUCUAUUGUCUCAAGGUGUUUAAAAACGGGAACGCCUUCCAGCAACAUUUCAUGCGGCACCAGAAGAGCGUCUACCACUGCAAUAAGUGCCGCCUGCAGUUCCUUUUCGCAAAAGACAAGAUCGAGCACAAGUUGCAGCAUCACAAGACGUUCCGCAAGCCGCGGCAGCUGGAGGGGCUGAAGCCCGGCACGAAGGUUACCAUCCGAGCCUCCCGAGCGCCUCCACGUGCCCUUCCUGUGCCACCCUCAGACCCCCCCUCCAUGCCGCUCCCAGAUAAGACACCCGAUGUCCUUUCGCAGUCUAAGGACACCCCGCAGCACGGAGACUUCCUGAAACGAGUUGCUGUGGGUAAGCAGACCUGCCUGGAGUGCAGCUUUGACAUCCCGGAUUUCCAUAAUCAUUACCCCACCUAUGUGCACUGUUCCCUCUGCCGCUACGGUACCUGCUGCUCCCGCGCCUAUGCCAAUCACAUGAUCAACAACCACGUCCCGAGGAAGAGUCCCAAAUACCGGUCACUGUUUUCUAGCUGUAAACCCAGUGAUGUGUUGGUGCUGACGUGUUCGUGCUGUCCUUUCGUCACACGGAUUGGCGAUGCCAUGGCUAAACACCUGGUUUUCAACCCAUCUCAUGGUUCCAGCUCUGUCAUGGGCUCAGGUUCUACCUCACCAGACCAGUCCUGGUCCUUGGCACCUCAGAGGAACAUUGGCAAUACCACCAGCCCAUUGCAUGAAGAGAAAAAGGAGCUGACGGAUGUUCAAAAGCCAAAGGAGUCUUCCGUGCCCGAUGUCCCCAGCCCGGAGAAGGACAACAAGACAAUUGAUGUUGAUGAGCUUGAAGAGCUGGAGGAUGUUGAACCAGGGGACCCGGAGACCGAGAACAAACAGGAACAGCUCAGUGUCAAGAAGCUUCGAGUCGUGUUGUAUGCUCUGUGUUGCAGCAUGCAGCAAGCGGCGGAUCACUUCCACAACUCCCCCCGGCGUAUCCGAAGGUGGCUGCAGAGGUUUCAGACCAUCCAGGAGGAGAACCAAGACAACCUGGCUGAAGGCAAGUACCUGGGCAACGCUGCAGAGGAGAAGCUGGCGGAGUGGGUGCUGACCCAGAGGGAACAGCAGCUUUCUGUCAACGAGGAGACUCUGUUCCAAAAAGCCACCAAGAUCGGACGUUCUUUGGAAGGUGGCUUCAAAAUCUCCUAUGAAUGGGCGGUGAGGUUCAUGUUGCGGCACAAUCUAAGCACACACUCCAAAGUCGCGGUGGCUAACCGUCUGCCCAAGGAAAUGGAGGAGAACGCCCAGAUCUCUAUCGGCUUUGUGCAGCGGCAGAUCCAUAGCCAGGAUCUCCCGUUGUCCAUGAUCGCUGCUUUAGAUGAAGUCUCCCUCUUCCUCGACCUGGAACUGCUGUGCAGCGAUGAGAGGAAAGAGAGCGCCCUGCAGACUGUAGGCACAGGAGAGCCUUGGUGUGACAUCGUGCUCACCAUCUUAGCGGACGGCAGUCUGCUGCCCACACUCGUGUGUUCUCGAGGCAACUGUAGAAAUGCUGGAGGUGUUCCGGACUCAAUCAUACUGGAAAAUAGAGACCAUGGUUUCAAAGACGAUGAGAUAAUGAAGCUGUGGUCUUCCCAGAUCUGGCAGAAACACGUGGACGGGCCGAAUAACAAAGGCAUGGCCGUGCUGGACUGUCACCGAUCGCACAUGUCAGACGAGGUCCUAGCUCUGCUGAGCUCCACCUGCACCUUGCCUGCGGUGGUGCCUUCUGGCUGCAGCUCUAAGAUCCAACCCCUGGAUGUCUGCAUCAAGAGAGCCGUCACCAGCUUCCUGCACAAGAAGUGGAGAGAGCAGGCCCAGGAGAUGGCAGAGACCAGCUCUAGCCCAGGGAUGUUGCUCCAGCUGGUCCUCUGUUGGCUGACUGAGGUUCUGGAGGUGGUCACUGAACACCCAGAACUGGUCCAACAGUCCUUCCUGGUGGCCAGCCUCCUCCCGGGGCCUGAUGGUACUGCCAACACCACCAAACGUAAUGCAGAGAUGCAGGAGGAGCUUAUAAACCUGCUGGAGGGCCAGCUAAAGCUUAACGAUGAUGAACAGGACGAAGACACUGACCACUGUAACGACAGCCAACCCGAUGAGUACGCAGACCCUGAGGUUCUCCAUCAGCUCUUUGAGGGAGAGAGCGACGCGGAAUCAUUCUACGGUUUUGAUGAAACUGAUCUCUAAGCCACGGAACUGUCAGUCGGGUAAAACAUUCCACCGACCACCAUGGGCCAGGAAUUAAAAGCCUCACCUACAUGGCAUCCACUUUGUUUUUGUUUCUGGAAUUACGGUUACUUUCUUAAGGACAUUUUUUUUUCUGUUUGGUAACUUUCUUGGUCUGUAUUCCGUCACCGUGAUGCUGCCUCCCCUGUACAUGUAACCCCCCCUUCCCAGAACUGUAGCAGCUGACCAGGUUCUCCAGACUUUUCUCUUAUUUAGAAUUAAUGAGGUCAUUGUGAUUUUUUUAUUUGAAUUUUUUUUCCUCCUUUCUUUCUCCAACCUCGGCCAUGGAUUAUGUAUAGAGCAGAUUCCCUGUACAGAGUGGCUGGUCGGGAAGAGCAGCGCUGAAUUAUGAACGCAGUUUGCAUACGUACAGAUUGCAGGACACAUUCCUGGCUGCACGCCGGACGGUCCUGUCCGGAGCUUGCGGCUGAGGAUGGAUCAUGCACCGCCAGCUACCGCACUACAUCUCGCAUGGUUUUUAUAAAGGCUGGGGUUUUUCUGACCCCCCCCUUCAUCAUCAUCCUCCCUUGAGACAGUUUACUUUGGUGUAGUAACCAGCAACGAGUAGGGGCAUAUGUGUAAAUUAUCUAAAUAUAUAGCUUGUAUAUAAGGAAAUGCAGAAUAAAGACAGGCAAGAGGCAAUCUUGUGUUUCUAUUAGGUUAAGAUGUGAAUUUUGUUUCUUUUUUAUAAAUAUAUAUAUAUAAAGUGUUCUGUUACUACACCCCUUGCUGUUUUCCACUUUUUAAAAGUCUGGUACUAAGCGAAAUAAAACAGAUUUUACGUGAUAAUUUACGCGGCCCGUACAGAGGUGUACGCAUAUGGAACUGGGUCUUACUCUGUAUUUAAUUUAAAGACCUCUCUUCUGUUCCGCAGCCUGAGAGCGUCACUCCUUGUGUCAUAAAUACCUGUGUGUACAUCGCGUGGCUUCCUGCACACUCCCUAAACCGGGCGGAGGUGACCUGUGGGAGUGGCUACAUGUCCCAGCGCACCCUGGGACAUGUAGCUCCCCAAGCCUGGUUUAGGAGGUGGCGGCGCAGAGUUGGAGGACAGGAUACGCUAGUGUUAGAUAUUUAGGCCCCAGGCUGCCUAAUAUGGGAGGGAGGGGAGACCAGCAUGGGACACCUAGAUUUUUAAAUGCAUUUUGUUUCCAAUAAAAUAGUAUAAACAA